AUGUCAGUUGACACGAGGACUGCGUUAUCCGCAUCUACUUUCCAACCCAUUGAACCUUCAGUCACUUCCACCUCACCUAGGACUACUAGACCUUCUUCAGGAAGAACAUCAAAGCAGCCAAGUGAGAGGAAGGAUCCCGGCUGGGCUCACUACCUCAGAUCCCGUCUGACAGAAGGGACAAUGACCAACUUGAGCACGCUGUAUGCUAUUCUUGGUGACGAAAACACAAAGGGGAAGAAUCAGGAAGAUAAAACACGUUUGCUCAAGUUGACCAAUUCUGCCUUGGCCAUUCAGAACCAUGAAAAGUACCCAGAUUACUCCAAAAGAUAUUCUGCUAUCACACCCACAACAUUGAACGAGCCUUUGACAAGUUUGCAUGGUACAUUAUUGGGAGAGCUAGAAGGGAUGAACGAGGAAGAUAGAGCACAGGCUAUGAAAGCCUUAUCUUCCGUGCCCAGAAGUCUUUAUCCACAGACCACGAAAGAAGAAACUGCGACGGGAACAGUACCUGGAAGAACAGGUAGAAACACGGGAGAUACAUUGACCCGGCCAACAAAGCCGAAGACGAAACGCGGUGUUUCUUUCGCAGUCGGUACAGCCGGUGGAACAGACACAGAAGAAGCGACCACACGUACACCUGUCACACGAGAACAAACUAUAGAACCCUCCGUAGAGGAAGAUAUCACGCAAAGUCCGACAACUACUGCCGCCCCUAAACCACUGAAGCCCGCCUUGAAACGAACACAAAGUACUCGAGAUCUGACAGGAGACAGCAGACCGAAGACAUCAACAAGGACUCGGCCAACAACAAAUCCGGAGACAACGGCCCCACAAACAACGUCUCCCAGUACCUCGGUCCUGCCAAUCACCACGGACAUUGAUCCGAAAUGGUUGAAAACAUCGCGCUCUCAUUUCAUAACUUAUGCCGGGAAUUAUGGAUUUGACCCCAAUCCGGAAAAAUACCAACACCCCGCCACUGGGCAAACAGGGUGGGAGACGACCAAGGGAGGUAAAUCAAAGUGGCGUACCACACACGCAUUCAAUGAUGGUGCCUAUACCCAGAGACAGGUGGUUUGGGAGGAUAAAGAUGACGAGGAACCAGAGAUCGCAGUGACAAUCCGAUGGGAGAGAGAUGGGAGAGCGACGUUUGUUGCUGAGUGGUAUACCGAAGCAGAUCUAUCUGACGCAUCGGAGGACAAAUUGUAUGCGAAUUUCGAGAAGACGGUUCAGAAGUAUUUCCCUCGAGGUUUGAGGUGGGCGGACUUGCCGGAUAUGGGUGAAGGUUUCACUUUUGCCCAAGGAGGUAAAGUGGAUUGGAAGCAAGUAGCGACUGAAGUGGCGGAGAAUCGAAGAUCGACUCGAACCACAAGGACUCGACGACGAUGA